AUGCCGCUCUGUCUCACCUUCAUCGACUUGAAGAAGGUCUUUGACUCAGUUGAGACGGAAGCGGUCGUAGAAGCCUUGGACAACCAAGGCGUCCCUACUCAGUACAUAAAGGUACUUCGAGAGUUGUACAGUAACUUCACUACCGGAAUUUCGCCAUUCUACAAGAACAUCAUCAUUGACGUGGAAAGGGCCACCCUCGAGAACGCAAUGCGAAAGUUGGAAUGGGACGACAUGGGAGUGAAGGUUGAUGGUCGGCAGCUACACCAUUUGCGCUUUGCUGAUGAAAUCGUACUGAUAGCACCUAGCAUCAGCCAAGCGGAACGAAUGCUGACCGAAUUCGACGAAACAUGCGAUGACCAACGUUCUUUACUUUCGGACAACUGGUCAACAAACGUCGUUCCAUCUGAUGACGAGGGACCUUCUUUUACACUCUUUCAGGCCGUAGACGUGACAGAGCUCGGAAAUCAACGAGGACGUUUAGUUAAUCGUCCGGGUUCGCUGUGUGGCGCCGGAGCUGGAGCAGAAGAUCGAAGUGACACGUGGUCACUCGAUGCCAUAGCUAGCGACUCGGAAGCAGAUGGCGGUCGUGAACGAACACGACAGGUUUGA